CGGACAGACAGACAGGACCUGUACCAUUUACGUCGUCCUCGUCGUCGUCGUAGUUUGGUAUUUGGUAUAUAUAUAUAUAUAUUAUCGAAUCAAGAACGUUUUAUUUUUAACAAAAUUAUAAUAUAUUUGUGCACGUCGGCGAAAUAUUUUCGUGUGCACUAGAACAAAAUAAUAAUWAUUAUUAUUUGAACCGAUGUUGAACCUUCGGAUUGCCGUUGGUGAUGGUGAUGCUUUCGAACCCGAUGACUGCUUAGCCUUCCGUGACGCAUAGUCACAAACGCCACUUGUUGUCUUCCCCGCCGUCCGAUACCCACYGACAACACGCGUUCGGUGCCUUUUUCGAUACUCAAUUUAAGAAGUAAAUUGCAUGAUGAAUGACAACAACUCUAUUCCAACACUAUACACAAUAUAGGGGURAAGAGGAAACUGUUCAUUUGGAAAAUAACAAUACUAUAUUUUUCAACCUUUUCUCAGGUUGCAAUGUGACUUUCGGUGAUUGUUAUUAAUCGAAAGCUUAAGUAAUGAGUACGAGUAUUCUGGUACAGGAGAAGGCAGUUUCCACAGACCCGGAGCAAUUAGGCGAUCUAGACCACGAAGAUUUCCGAGUGCAUCACAUCCUGGCGGCACUAGUCAACCGUAAAGUCAUAUCCAUCAAGGCGGAUAUUUGUGAGGCCAAACUUAAAUGGAGGAUACAGCCAAAGUUAUUAGUGCAAAGAUUGGCAGAGAAAAACUCAAAAAACAAACGCAAACUCAGACGUCGAAAGGGUCGCUGCAUGCAUUCAUGUCAAAAACACCAUCAUCACCACCACCACCAUCAUCACCAGCAUCGACAUGAUCUAGAUCACCAAUUGUUUCACCACCAUCACCACCAUUGUGAUGGGAUUGUUCGACAAGAGGAACCUGUCCAAGUUGAAAAAUGGCCUCAGACUCAAAGACCGGCUGUACCCUAUUUAGGUGGUCACAUCCUUACCGCCGCACUGCAACGAUCUACUGCUGGCAUGUUAGAAGAAAAUCGGCAUUAUAUAGAGGCUCAAAACCCAAAGACUCGGUUGAAAAAAAAAAUCCGAAGAACAAGAUUCGGAGAAGACAAACAUAAUGUAAUGAGACCUCAUCCCGUACCUACUAUACAUCCAGACGACUUACCUCAAAGAGCGAGAUGGACAAUUAUAAUCACCGCCGGACUGUUGCUCAUCACUUGUAUGCUGUUGGUGGGCGUAACACUAAGAAUGGCACCCGUCAUUGACGAACUCGUUCGAAAUAAAAACGAAGAGUUAAUGAAUUCACUAGAUCGAGAAGAAUUUGGACCAUUGGACAAUAACACUGAAUACAUGUAUAGGUAACAGCUUCAGUAGUUCAAUAAACUACAAUUUUUACUAAGAACGUUAUAAAAUAAUAAAUAUACUUGACAAAAUUACUUUAAGGUAGCUGCUAAUGAUUAUGGUAUAAUGUAAGCAUUAUAAUAAUAUUGAGAUGUUAAUUUGUUAUACGAUUGUAAAUAUUGUUGCGUAAAAGAAAUCUUCGUCCAAAAAUUAAUCUCUAAAUACAAAUAAUAAAUGGCAAUCACUGAUUUCUAGAUUUUUGUACUCUGAAUGUUAAACUUACCUCAAAUGUUAUAAUGUCUAUAGAGGAU